CGGGCCGGCGGCGGGAUGGCGGCGGCUGCAGCGGCGGGCAUGGGCUCGGCGGGGCCGGGGCCGGGGCCGGGGCCGGGGCCGGGGUCGGGGUCGCCGCCGCCGCGGGGCUGCCCCGUGCCCGCGCGCACCCGCCUGCAGGCUUUCGCCUGGUGCCGCGAGUUCCUGGCCGGGUCCUGGAAGCUCAUCGCGCCGCGCGACUUCGGCAUCAGCCCCGUCAGCGGGGGGCUGAGCAACCUGCUGUACAAAUGCACCCUCCCAGACCACGUCCUGAGCGUGGGGGACGAGCCCCGGCAGGUGCUGCUGCGCGUCUACGGGGCCAUCCUCCAGGGUGUAGACUCGCUGGUACUGGAGAGUGUGAUGUUUGCCAUCCUGGCGGAGCGGUCGCUGGGACCACGGCUGUAUGGGGUCUUCCCCCAGGGGCGCCUGGAGCAGUACAUUCCGAGCCGACGCCUCCGGACCGAGGACCUGCGGGAUCCUGACAUCUCCGGGGAGAUUGCAGUGAAGAUGUCCCGGUUCCAUGGCAUGGUGAUGCCUUUUAACAAGGAGCCCAAGUGGCUGUUUGGGACCAUGGAGGGGUACCUGAAUCAGAUUGCUGAGCUCACUUUUGCUGAGGAGGUUCAGCUGAAGAAGUUAAAUCACCUCAAGGCCUACAACCUACAGGAGGAAAUGCGCAGCCUCAGGGAGCUGCUGGAGUCCACACGGUCACCGGUUGUCUUCUGCCACAACGAUGUCCAGGAAGGAAACAUUCUCCUGCUCUCGGGACGCGAAGCUUCCUCCACAGACAAGCUGAUGCUGAUUGACUUUGAAUACAGCAGCUACAACUACAGGGGCUUCGACAUCGGCAAUCACUUCUGUGAGUGGGUAUAUGACUACACCCAUGAUGCAUGGCCGUUCUAUAAGGCCUCCAUGGAGAACUACCCUUCGCGCCAGCAGCAGCUACACUUCAUCCGACACUACCUCUCAGAAGACUCAGGGCAGCAUGGGGACACCACGCAUGAGGAGCAAGCUUGCAUCGAGGAGGAGAUGCUGACCGAGGUCAACCGGUUUGCUCUGGCCUCACAUUUCUUCUGGGGCCUCUGGUCCAUCCUGCAGGCAAAGAUCUCCACCAUCGAGUUCGGAUACCUGGACUAUGCUCAGAGCCGCUUCGAGGCGUACUUCCAGCAGAAGGUGCUGUGCUCCUGACCGUGGCUCAUGGCCCCAGCUGGCUCCACCCAUUCCCUUCCAACUCUGCCUCCUGCUGCAGCGCCUGGGCCUUGCGCCACGGCAGUGACAUGUGGGGGCCUGGCAUGGACAGCGGAGCUACCCUCCGCAUCCAGGGGCCCUGUCCCUGUCCCUGCCUCCCACAGUGCCACAGCAGGGGCCACAAGGACCACAAGGGCAUGGUGCCCACAGACCAACCUCCCUUGUUCUGCUCCCUCUGCCCCAGCAAGCUGCUCAUCUGGCAUGUCAGCUGUAGUCUGUGGGGGUGGCUGGCUCACUCCUUGGCUGUGGCUGGGGCUGCCCCCUGAGGGGUCUGGUAGGAAAAUGGUUAAUGUAAUGGUGAGGGGGGCAGAGGCAGGGGCUCCCUGAGCACAUUUGGGGACCGCGGACUCCAGCCCACUCCAUCUCCUCAGCAUCGUUUGGUUAUGUUGUCAUGUCAUACGGUUACGGGGGCCUGCAAGUGGGGGACAGGCCUAGUCUUGGGGCCGCCCUGGGCACUUUUUCCAGGGACGGAGACAUCAUGGUCAUAUUACUGUCUGAGAGGCCUGCUCCGUCCCUACCAGGAUUCUGCUGCUGGCCCAGGCUGCACUGCCCAAGCUGGGGGUCUUCUCCCUAUUCCCUACUGCUCUGAGCCCUACAUGCACUAUACUUCCUGCCUCUUCCCAAGCCCAGGCUUCAUGGCACCAUCCUAGCCCUGCCUUCCCUUGGGCUGUCAGCACAUUGUCCCCCCUGCCUCAGUCUGUCUGCCUCCCCUGUGGAACACCCCUGUCCUCCUGCACCGAGGGGCUUCCUGCUGCAGGCACUGGCACUGGCAUUGCCUUGGGCCCCCAGUGUGCUUCAGCCAUGCUCCAGCAUCCUCCCAGGCAGGGCACGCCCUGCUCACCUGGGCCCCAGGCUGUGGGCAACAGGGGCAUGUGUAGAUGGCUCCGGCAAAGGCAGGCCCAGACUGACUGCUGCCCAAGGGUGACCCGCCUGGCCCUAUGCCUCCUGCUGGCUCGGCUUGAGAGCAGUUACUGCAGGUGGGGCUGGGGCAGCAUGCAGUGGUGCAGGGUGGGGGCUCCCAGGUUGUGCUGCCAGCAGGGGCUGUGGGGCAGGGUGGCUGCAGCCUGUGGCCGUGCCCUAAAGAUAGGUCCCAGAGCUAUCUGGGCUUCUGUAAGCUUUGUCUACCAACAUAUGCCUGCAGGUCCCAUGUGCUCAGGCCACAAAGCUCCGUGCAGCACCCCUGCCCCAUCCCCAUGGGCCAGAGACUGAAUGUAACCCAUAAUAAGACCAAUAAAUGCUCCAGCAGCUUUGUGUGAA